GACAGCUCCCCUACCUGUCUAAGAUUACGGAUGCCGCCCUGGCUCGAGACUUUUCUAUGCGAACGACGACGCCUGAAUGACCAUCAUCAGAGCGCGGUCCCAUCCGAUAUCGACUUUCCACAAAGCCUGAAUAAUGCUUGACCUCAUCCAGCUCUAAGUUUCUCGUGCAUUGUUGCCGCAAAAAGUCACUCGUUUGCAAUCCAAGGGGGAAAGGUCCAAGGUGCUACGCAGAAAGUACUAAACUUGCGCCAUCUACCCAGUACCAUUACGCAUUAUCAGUACCUUUAUCUUGAUACCAGAAUCUGUCCCCGCCAAAUUUCCCCGGUGUUCGCGUCAUGCCUCACUCCACCACCUCCGGCUCUACGAUACAAACCUCUUCGGUCAAUCGAUCGCAGUACUCACCAAGAUCGCACAGCGACACCGACAACCUCUCUGCCAACGGCGGCAUGGAGAAGUUUCCCGAUCACAUCGACUCCUACCUCACCAACGGCUCAAGGGCCACAAGCCCUGCAAAGACGAACGGCUAUGCGCUCCCAGGCGCGACCACAGGCGGCGACCGCUGGCAGCCUCGAAAGGAAAGUCUUCAGGGUCGUGGGGUAAGAUGGGGAGGAGCAGCAGGCCAGUCGCCGGCAACACGGCACGGCCACGGCAGGCAGAAGAGUCUGGGCGAUGCCAUUCACAACAUCCGGACGAGAGGUGGAAGCGUUGGCCAAAACGCUCAUGAAAUAGCCGAUGCGCUGCGAGCUCCAGUCUCUCCCAAACUGAUUGCGCUCUGUGUUCUGUGGUACACCUCGUCUGCCCUGACCAACACUUCCUCAAAAUCCAUCCUGACGGCGUUUGACAAACCCGCGACCCUCACCCUCAUUCAGUUCGCUUUCGUAGCGACUUACUGUAUUCUAUUCGCCUGGCUCGCCAACAUCUUCCCAAGCCUCAGGACUACGAUACCAGCCCUUAAGCAUGGUAUCCGCUACCCGUCCCGCGACGUCAUCACGACCACUUUGCCUCUUGCCGCAUUCCAGAUCUUCGGCCAUUUGUUAAGCUCGACAGCGACGUCAAAGAUACCCGUCUCGCUCGUCCACACAAUCAAGGGUCUCUCUCCCUUGUUCACGGUUCUGGCCUACCGGCUGGUGUUCAACAUUCGGUAUUCGAUCAACACCUAUUUGUCGCUGGUUCCCUUGACUCUCGGGGUUAUGCUAGCUUGCUCCGGCAAGCACAACAAGUACAGCGGCGAGCUUUUGGGCAUUCUGUACGCUCUUCUAGCCACCAUCAUCUUCGUGACGCAGAAUAUCUUCUCUAAACGUCUCUUCAACGAAGCUGCCAAGGCCGAAGCCGAAGGUCAAUCCGCGAGGUCACAAAAGCUCGACAAGCUGAACCUGCUCUGCUAUUCCUCGGGUAUGGCCUUCAUCCUGACGGUACCCAUCUGGUUCUGGAGCGAGGGCACCGGGAUAAUCGGCGAUGUCCUCCACGAUGGAGCAGUCGACCUGAAUGAGAAAGCGGGAUCCUUUGACCACGGCCGCUUGACCAUUGAGUUUAUAUUCAACGGCACCUUCCAUUUCGGACAGAACAUUUUGGCCUUUGUCCUCUUGUCGCUGGUUUCGCCAGUAACAUACUCCGUUGCAAGUCUGAUCAAGCGUGUUUUCGUCAUUGUCAUCGCAAUCAUCUGGUUCCGGAACCAGACGACACCUCUCCAGGGGGUCGGCAUCUUGCUGACCUUUGUUGGCCUUUACCUCUACGACCGAACUCACGACCGGGACAAAGCGGAUCGCAAGGCCAAGAUGAUGGAGAUCAAGGAGGAGCCUCUCCUGCCCCUGAACACCAAGGAAGCAUUCAGCGCAAGCCAGAAUGCGCCGGUCUUUGAGAGCCCCAUGGUCUCGGCCGGCCCGUUCCAGUCCUUCAGCAACGGACCUUCGCCUCGAAGGAGCGAAGAUUCAAAAAAGUCGGAUGGUCCUAGCAACGGCCGAGCUCGCGGCGCGAGUAACGCUGCCUGGCUUGCACCGGGCACAAAGCAGGAAGACACAUGGCGGUUUGGGGAUCGGUAAUCGGGUACAUGUACAACUUGUCUUUUGGGGGGCGAUGGUUUGUAGGGAUUUCAAAUGUACGAUUCAUGAUCAGCGCCACCCUGGUUUGGCGACUAUGGAUGGAUGAAACCUAUGUCUUUGCUUGUUAUGCGUGUCAUCUGUCUUUAAGCUAACUGUGAUGGAAGAAGUAGUGUAAGGAGGGGAAAAAGGAGAGGCCCCCCUCCACCGGGCACUAUAUCUAGACACAAGUGGAGGGGUAAUGUCGAGAAGGUAGAUGUGAAAGACUUGGGCAUUCGGUUGGGGAUAAAAGAAGCGGGUCUCGGCUUCAUGGUCUAGUGGUAAUUAAAACACGACCGACUGUAUCGGAUGGGUCACAACUAGGUUUUCUGGGACAUCAACUACAGGCAAACGUUGAGAAAGUUGGGAAAGGGUAUUGAUUCGCCUAGGACCUUCUUCAUGUAAUGUAAUCAUGAGAAACUUCGCCCAGCAUCUAACGUAGCACAUUGUGUCCCAAUGCUCCC